UUUUGUGCAUUGACAUAGUAUCUGUUAGUCAUAGUGUCCCAAUUAUUAUAAUAAAACGAGUUUGAUUAAAAAAUAAUAAUAAUAAAAAUAAAAACACCUUAAUAGUCAUUAAUCUCGUCAUCAAUCCCCAUCACAAUAGAUAAGAUAGGAAGAUAUACAUACAUUUAAUGAUUUUUAAAAAUACAAUAAAAGUAAAAGAACAUUUCCAAAAAAAAAAAAUAAUAAAUAAUAAUGUACGGCCAAAAAAAACAAAAAUAAUCAACAACCCCGUAAUUGAACCAACGCCACCCCUUGAACGCUUUGUUACUCCGUCGUGAAUAAAAUGUCCGGCGCCGAUGAAGCCCCGCCUCGCUCCGUCUUCCUCGGUGUCGACGUCGGCACCGGCAGCGCUCGCGCAGGUUUGUUUGAUGCGAAUGGUAAGCUUUUAGGUUUUGGAAACUGUCCCAUACAAAUUUGGAAGGAGGGUGAUUGUAUUGAGCAAUCUUCAACCGAUAUCUGGCUUGCUGUCUGUUCAGCUGUUAAAUUAGCAUGCACUCUUGCAAAUGUUGAUGGAAAAGAAGUAGUGGGGAUUGGGUUUGCAGCAACGUGUUCCCUUGUGGCUGUAGAUUCUGAUGGUUCCCCAGUUACAGUUUCUUGGAGUGGUGAUUCUAGAAGAAAUGUUAUUGUUUGGAUGGACCAUAGAGCUGUAAAGCAAGCUGAAAGGAUCAAUGCUUCCAACUCACCUGUAUUGCAAUACUGUGGGGGAUCUCUUUCUCCUGAGAUGGAACCACCAAAGCUUUUGUGGGUUAAGGAAAACCUCAAGGAAUCCUGGUCAAUGGCUUUUCGGUGGAUGGACUUAAGUGACUGGCUGUCCUAUAGAGCAACUGGUGAUGAUACGAGGAGCCUUUGCACCACUGUUUGCAAAUGGACAUAUCUGGGUCAUGCACACCUGGAGCAAUUGAAUGAGAAUGAUUCCCGUGAUAUGGAAGCUUGUGGUUGGGAUGAUGAAUUUUGGGAGGAGAUUGGCUUAGGUGAUUUGGUCGAUGGACAUCAUGCCAAGAUUGGGCGGAGUGUUGCUUUCCCUGGGCAUACUUUGGGCUCUGGUCUGACACCAACUGCUGCAAAGGAACUAGGUUUGGAAGCUGGCACUCCAGUAGGAACAUCUUUAAUUGAUGCCCAUGCAGGCGGAGUUGGGGUCAUGGAAAGCUUUCCAGCAUCUGACUUGAAAUGUGAAGCUGAUGAGAACGAUGGAAUCUGCCGUCGUAUGGUCUUGGUUUGUGGAACAUCUACUUGCCACAUGGCUGUGUCUCAGAGCAAGUUGUUCAUUCCAGGGGUCUGGGGACCAUUUUGGUCUGCAAUGGUACCUCAAUUCUGGCUUACAGAGGGCGGUCAAAGUGCCACUGGGGCACUCUUGGAUCACAUAAUUGAGAACCAUGUAGCUUCUCCACAUCUGGCAAAUCGUGCUGCCUCUCAGGGGACCACAGUGUUUGCACUUCUAAACAAAAUGUUAGAAUCAAUGAUGCAGGAGCUUGAUGCUUCAUUUCUUUCUGCUCUAACAAAGGAUUUGCAUGUCCUUCCUGACUUUCAUGGGAAUAGGUCUCCUAUUGCAGAUCCUAAUGCAAAAGGGAUGGUCAGUGGUCUAACACUUGACACAAGUGAAAAGCAGCUUGCUCUUUUAUAUCUUGCCACUGUACAAGGUAUUGCGUAUGGCACCCGUCACAUCAUUGAGCAAUGCAAUGCCAAUGGCCAUAAAAUAAACACACUUCUUGCUUGUGGUGGACUAGCAAAGAAUCUUUUGUACAUACAAGAGCAUGCCGAUAUUACUGGAUACCCAGUAAUUCUUCCUCGGGAAAAUGAGUCUGUAUUAUUGGGUGCCGCUAUUCUGGGUGCUGUUGCAGCGAAGAAAUAUCCCAGCCUACAUGACGCGAUGAAGGCACUGAAUGCAGCAGGCCAGGUCAUUAAUCCAUCCAAAGAUCCCAAUGUGAAGAAGUACCACGAUGCGAAGUAUAGGAUUUUCCGUGACCUUUAUGAUAAACAAGUCUCAUAUCGGUCCAUCAUUGCUGAAGCUUUGGCUUAGGUGGUAUGGUAGUAUCUUCAGCUAUGAGACGAGAGUCCUUCUGAGCUUAUAAGUUUGUGACUUCCUUGCUCAUACACAUUUUCGUGUUCAAAAGGAAUUGUUUACCAUAUGGAGUUGUACAUUUCACUUUCUCCUUUUCCUCUUAAUUUUUCUCACUCGUUUAUUAGUUUGCUUCUUUUCUGGGGUUUUAUUUACUGUAUAGCCAGUUUGUUUUGUUCUUCGUUGCUGGUUUUAUGCCUUCUUAACUUAUUGAUUAUAGUUAUAACAAGGAAACGGGUUAUGUAAAGCUUAGUACCUAAUUUUCGCGGUGAUAGAUUUAUGAACUCUUGCUUCACGUUUCUAAUUUAAGGGAACUGCUGCUAUUUGCUAUUCUUUUGUUUACUAUUCACCGCAAUGAAAUUCAACUACAUCAUUGUCUA